CGCGAAACAGCAACGACACGCCCAUCACUCAUGCCAGCUUCGUCGCACAAUCCGUCAUCGGCCAUUGCGCAAUAAUGCUCUGCACUAACAAGGCCCUGACGUUCUCGGACGUCCGGCGGUUGUACCAACACGACGUGAGUGUCGUCUGGCGCUUUUGCGCGGCGCAGACCCAAAGGUCGCCCGCUCUGCAGCGCUUUUGCCAGCGUCUGCGCCGCCUGCUCGUUAUGUUUACCCUCGCGUCGCCCGCGGCCGCCGAAGCGCAUCCGGCCGUGCCGCGCCUGCACGCGUUUCUACUGCGCUACGUCGUGCCGCUCUCGCGCGAGCUCCAAGCGCGCGGCCAUUGCAGCAGUAGUUAGCGCCGAAAUCAAAGACUUGUUAGUAAAUAUAGGUCCUUGUCCAAACAACAAACAACUUUACGCAAUAAUUGACGACUCUACGUGGCUUUGUCUUUGGCUA